AUGAUCUCUCAGGUCUUCAUCUUGUCCUCGAAGGGGGACCAUCUCAUUUAUAAAGACUUCCGUGGAGAAGCUGGUAACGACAUUGUCAGUAUUUUCUACGAGAAGGUCACGGCGCUGACCGGAGACCAGCCUCCGGUCGUCAUGAAUCAUAAGGAUAUUUACUUCGUCCACAUCAGGCAGGGAGGACUGUACUGGGUCGCCACGACCACGGCGGGCUCCUCGCCGUUCACCAUUACCGAGUUUCUCAACAGGUUAGCAGCUCUGGUUAAAGAUUACUGCGGCAGCCUAUCAGAGAAGUCGGUGCAGAUGAACUUCGCCCUCAUCUACGAGCUGCUGGACGAGAUCGUGGUGAGUCUCUGUGCUGCCCCCCCUUUUGGCUACAGGUGGUGCUGUAAAGUUUUAAUAUAUGUAAAGAAGGACGUAGCCUCAAACCUGCACUCUUACAGACCUGAGGAAGACUCUGGUCUGACUGUGAAGAAGUCUUUGUGA